AGCCUCAUGUCUGGCGAAAUGAUGCAAGAAAUCAAUGUGCCCGCUGCUGGAUAUAUCAGUGCCAUUACCUGGAUGGAUGUCGAUGAUCGUGGAGAAACUAUGUUCGCGUUUAGGUCAUCGGAUGGCAACAUCCAGUUGUAUGAAAGACUCAAUGAUGCACUUUUCGAAUUCUGCAGCAGUACCAUUGCCCACUCUGGUGCGAUCGAGUCGUUGGCAUGGGAUGCCAAUCACUGCCAACUGGCUAGUGCUGGUGAUGGCUCUGCACAAGUUUGGAACCUAACAGCAGACAGUUCGUGA